CUAGGCGUACUCUAGGCGGAAGGGACUGGGGUUGUCGAAUCAGAUUCUCGCUUGUCCAUUUUAGCGUUGGUAUCUACGCCUAAUGAGAUUCUUUUGGAACGUUGCUGCAUGUGACUGGGUAGUUGGCGAUUUGGGACUCCUCCAAACCAGAUGGUGCUGAACCGGCUGAAACCACAGUCACAAAAGAAACUUACAAAACAAAUUUGCAAAGUUGUGUUGGAUCAUUUUGAGAAGCAGUAUAUCAAAGAGCUUGGAGAGUCAUGGAUUACAGUAAGGGAUAUCUUAACAUCUCCCACAUGCUGGCAAUAUGCAGUCCUUCUUAAUAGAUUCAACUAUCCUUUCCAAAUGGAGAAGGAUUUACAAGUAAAGAGAUAUCACACCCUUCUUCAAGGAUAUUUUCCCUACUAUCCUAAAUCACUGAUGUGCUAUGUUAGUAGAAUUCCUGAACGAAUACCUUCAGAUAAAUAUCAAAUUGGUAAAAUUAAAGGAUAUUAUCUUCUAAAUGCUGCCUCCCUUCUCCCAGUGUUGGCUCUGGAAUUGCAAAAUGGGGAAAGAGUUUUGGAUAUGUGUGCCGCUCCUGGGGGCAAAUCAAUAUCUCUUUUACAGUGUGCUGAUCCAGGUUAUUUUCACUGUAAUGAGUAUGAUAAUCUGAGAUCAAGAUGGUUGAAGCGGACACUAGAAUCCUUCAUCCCACAACCCAUGACAAACAUAAUAAAAGUGACGGAAUUGGAUGGCAGACAGAUAGGACAUAUUCAUCCUGAAAUGUUUGACAAGAUAUUGGUUGAUGCUCCAUGUUCAAAUGAUCGAAGUUGGCUGAUCUCUUCUGAUACCCAGAUGGCAUCCUAUAGGUUAAAUCAAAGGAAGGAAUUGCCUAUUAUACAGAUAAAACUACUAAGGACCAACCCCAGUGUGGCAGAGAUGACAACUACAUGGAAAGUCUUCCUAGAUAUUUUUGUUACUUCAGACCAGUCACUUGUUCAAAAAGAUCAGAUGACCAUCUUAUGACAACUUAGAUCACUGAUAGCUUCUACCAUUUCCUCCUGCCCAAAUUAAAGAAAAAUCUGUCCAACUUAGGUGGAGAUAUUCCUUACUACACUCAACUUGUGACCCUGCUGACAUAUUAUUUAUAUAGCUUAUAUAUCACAUGUCAAUUGAUGGUAUUAUUCUGUAUUUGCUCUAGCUGUUCUACAGUGACUAGACAUCUAGCCCUAUAAAAAUAGGGACUUGGAGGAGGUAUCUUCUCAGAUUGUGAGGGAGAUCUGAGGUUCACUUUAAUAGAGGGAACCAUGGAACUUUAAUAAAAUGCCAUUGGCUCUCAUCUAUGCCUCAGUCUCUCUUAUUGUAGGUGGAAUAAUUUUAAUCUCCACAAUUAUAGAUAAUUUUGAUAUAUGGCUAACCCAGGGAUCUUUAAAUAUAAUUUAGUGAUCUUGUUUCUCUUUGAGUUUGAUACUACUACUCCAGACACACUUCGAGAAUUGUUUUUGUUUACCACUUGGGCAUGUUUCAACUGAUGACAGUUUGGCAUAUCAUGAAGAUUUUCUUUUGGAUAUCAAAUACCUAGUAGUCAGGGACUUUAUUUUGCUGUGAGCAUUUGGAGGUGGGGGAGGGGGGGAUGGCACGUGAUUAUAAAAAAAUAUAUUUUUUUAUUUUAUUGUGUGGUUAGGUAAUUUGAGGAUAUCAGUUAUUAAAAAUUAGAUAGGUUAGUCACAUUGUCUCAUAUGACUCAGUUAAAAUUAACUAGGUUUGAGUUAUUUGCUUAGUGUCUUCUAGGUUUCCUGUUUUAUUUCUCUCCUGCCAUGGAUUCAGUCCUUCAGUUUCUUUUCACCUUUGUUGCUGAUUUCCUCAUAUUUUCAUCUAAGGUCUGAGGUAUUCAUCUUAGCUCCCUUAACAAAUCAUUAUCCUAGACCCUGAAUACUCCCCAGUUUUGGAUAGCCCCUUCUUUCUUCUCCACCAAACUCCAGUUUGAUCAUAUCUCUGGAGUUUGUUGCCAGAAUUUCUCUAAACUGGCUUCUCUUUUUCUUGGCACAUGGCAUCCUAAUCAAUUCUCCUUAACUACCCUAAUUUUUAGCUUUUUUCAUCUGUUUUCUCCUGAGGUUUCUCUUUGACCCUCCAUGUUCUUUUAAAUAUAUUUGUAUGGGUAUAUGUCCAUAUACAUAUACCUGCACAUUUUUCCUCAAAUAUGUGUAAAAGGAUUUUUUAGCAGUUUUUCUAAUUUUGAGUUCAAAUUUUCUCUCUCCCUCCUUCACCACUCCCUGAAAAUGGUAAGCAAUUUGAUUUAGUAUACAUGUUAUACAUGUUUAAGCAUGUAAAACAUGUUACCAUAUUAGUUAUGUUGUAAAAGAAGACAGGCCCAAAGUGGGGGAGCAAAAAGCACUAAUAAAAAUACAUAAGGUGAAAAAUAAGAUGCUUUGAUCUGCAUCCAGAUUCCAGUAGUUCUUUCUUUGGAGGUGAGUGGUGGCAUUUUUCAUUUUGAGUAUUUUAGAAUUGUCUUGGAUCAUUGUAUUGAUGAGAAUAACUUAAGUUGUUCACAGUAGAUCAUCAUAUAUUAUUGCUGUUACUGUGAAUAGUGUUCUCGUGGUUCUGUUCAGUUCACUUUGCAUCAGUUUAUAAAGAUCUUUCUAGGUUUUUCUAAAAUUAGCCUGAUUAUCAUUUCUUAUAGCUCAGUAAUAUUCCAUUACAAUUCUUUGCCACAACUUGUUCAACCAUUCCCAAAAUUGAUGGGCAUCCACCAAUUUCCAAUUUUUUCUCAGUACAAAAAGAGCUGCUUUAAAUAUUUUGUACAAAUUAAUUCUUAUUUCCUGCCCACUUCCCCUCCCCUCCUUUUUUUUUUAAUCUCUCUGGCAUAUAGACCCAGGAGUGGUAUUGCUAGAUAAAAAGAUAUGCAAAGUUCGAUUGUUCUUUAGGCAUAAUUCCAUGUUGCUCUUCAGAAUGGUUAGACCUGUUCACAACUCCACCAAGAAUGCAUUAGUAUUUCAGUUUUCCCACAUCCCUCUUAACAUUUUCCUUUUCAGUUAUAAUUGCCAAUCUAAUAGUUGUGAGGUGGUACCUCAGAGUUUGCAUUUGUCUAAUCAAUAGUAAUUUAGAGCAUUUUUUACAUGACUAUUAGAUAGCUUUGAUUUCUUCAUCUGAAAACUUCUACCUUGUAUCCUUUGAUCCUUUAUCAAUUGAGUGAUGUUAGAAUCCUUACAAAGUGUUAAGUCAUUAGAAUUGAUAGAGACAAUAAUUAUCUAAUUUAGCAUGGUUCAGUAUGAUUGAUCUAAUCCUACGAGGAGGUGUUAUGGGCCAGAACUUGAAACAAGGUACUAAGUGGAAUUGAUGGAAGCAAUGCUUAUGUGCUUGGGGUUUGCAUCUUUAAAAGUUUACACAUUAGAGCUCACACAUUGGAAUUCACAAGUAUGGAAGAUACACAAAGUUAACUUUGUAACUUUGUGAAUUCACACCUCCCAUAAUCCCACUCUUGGAGGAGGAGUCAACCUUUUACACCAAGCAUAAAAAGAGCUUCAGUGAGUCAGUCAGAGUCAGUUCAGAAGAAGCCACCAGUCGGAGUUGAGCUAGAGCCAGAAGUCACUUCGGAAGAUUGACAGAGUGAGAGUUCAGUUUGGGAGAUUGAGAAGCUAAUCUGCAGUUGGACAGAACCAAGAUUCAGAGAAAGACUGAAGCUAGCAACAAGAGCUCUUGGAACCAAGGAGUGAGAUAGGCCUCUAAGAAAGUUACCCAGGCCCAAGGAAAGAGAUAAGACUUGGAAGGAGAAAAUAAACAUUUGGAUUUUAUCAGCUGGUUGUAUUUGAAGUGAUUAUUACUCUGAACUGAAACUAAGGCUGCCUCCAGAAAUCUCCCCAAGAAACCUGCUCCACAAAGAACCAUCAUAUUAUAAAAAAGAAGUAAUGAGUUGUAUUGUUCCAAAUUUGAAUUCAUUCUAUAUUUAUUUGAGAAAUGAAACCUUUUAUCAAUGAUACUUGGAAAAAUUGCCUCCCAGCUUUGUGCUUUCCUUCUAAUUUGGUUGCAUUGCUUUUGUUUCUGCAAAAGAUUUUUGUUUAAUGUGAUUAAAAUUGUCCAUUUUACAUCUAGUAAUGCUCUCUAUCUCUUGUUUGAUCAUAAAGCCUAGAUGUGUUGAGGGACAGGUCAAUUCUCUGAGAGCCUCCAUAGCUGUGGAUCAUAACAUCUGAAGGAGUUGCAGGGGUAGCCUUUGCUGACGCAGGUGUUGCAGACUGAGAAUGAGAUAAAUUGGAGACAGGGAAGAGGAGAGAGAGGUCAGACAAUGCAAUGGCCUUUAGAACAGAAACUGCCUCUCAGUCUCCUUGUGUCAUCCUUUCACAAGAGGAGAUCCAUUCUGGGUUGGAUCUCUAACAGCCACUGUCAGGUGGCUCCCAUAUAUUCCAACAACUCUCCUGUGUAUUCCAAUAUAGAUGUGACAGGUAAAUUAUUCCUUGCUCUCCUAAUGUGCUUAUGGUAUCACCCUUUAUGUUUAAAUCGUGUAUCUAUUUUGACUUGCUAGAUGGUGUAAGAUAUUGGUGUGUAGUUUCUGUCAUAGUUUUCUAGUUUUCCCAGAAGUAAAAACUUCUUGAUUUGACAAAAUCAAAUACUAAAUUGCAGUGGUCAUAUACUUUUGUGUCCUGUGUAUCUAAUCUACUCCACUUACUCCAUUCUAUUUCUUAGCCAGUACCAGAUAGUUUUGAUAAUUAUUACUUUAUAAUACAGUUUGAGAUGUGCUAUGACUGGACUACAUUUGUUUUCAUCAGUUCCCUUGAUAUUCUUACCUUUUUUUUUCCCAGAUAAGUUUUGUUACGAUUUUUUGAAGCUCUAUAAAAUAAUGUUGUGGUAGUUCAAUUGGCAUGCCACUGAAUAGGUGAAUUAAUUUAAGUAGAAUUGUCAUUUUUAUUAUAUUAGUUGACAAUAUUUUCUCAAUAUUUUAGAUCUGACUUUAUUUGUGAAAAGUGUUUUUUAUUAUAUGUAUUGAUAUAAUUCCUUUGUUUAUCUUGGCAGGUAGACUCCCAAGUAUUUUAUGUUGUCUACAGUUACUUUAAAAAAAAUUUCUCUUUCUAUCUUUUGCUGCUUGGACUUUGUUGGUAAGAUAUAGAAAUGCUGGUAAGAUAUAGAGAAAUGUGGGCUUAUUUUAUAUUUGCAACAUCAUAUCAUUUUCAAAGUGAUAGCUUUGUUUCCUAAUUGCCUGUUCUAAUUCCUUUAAUUUCUUUUUCUUCUUUUUUUACCAUAGCUAAUAUUUAUUGUACAAUAUUGAAUAAUAGAGAUGAUAAUGAGAAUCACUUCUUCACCCUAAAUCUUCCUGUGAAGUUUUCUAGCAUAUCUCCAUUAUACAUAGUGCUUUCGGAUAGUUUUAGAUAAAUACUACUCAUUUUAAGGAAAGCUCCUUUUUUCCUGUGCUUUCAAAUUUUUUAAAUAGCAAUUUGUGUUAUAUUUUGUCCAAAACUUUUUUUGCAUUUAUUAAGAUAAUCAUAUAUUUCUGUUGAUUUUGUUAUUGAUAUAGUCAAUUAUACUGAUAUUUUUCCUAAUACCAGCCCUGGUAUAAAUACAGGUACAAAUUCUAAUAUGGUCCUAGUUUAUGAUCCUGGUAAUACAUUGUUAUAAUUUCCCUGUUAACAUUUUAUUAAAAUUUUUUCAUCAUUAUUUAUUAGGGAAACAGUUUUCUGUUUUGGUUCUUUCUGGUUUAGUUAUUAACACCACAAUUGCUUAUAAAAGGAAUUUGGUGAGAAUCCUUCUUUUCCUACUUUCCCAAAUAGUUUGUAUAAUAUAGGAAUUAAUUGUUCUUUAAAUGUUUGGUGCAGUUCACUGAAAUCAUCAGAUCUUGAGGAUUUUUUGAUCAUGACAUUGAUUUGUGACUACUCUCUUUAGAAAUCUUGCAUUCUAUUCAAAGGAAUUCACCCCAGUCCAUGCAAUGGACAUUGAACAGUGGUGGGGUAAGAAUUCCACCUGAUAAAAUGAUCUUGUUGAGUUGAAUUUUUUUGGCAAGGCCAGAAUGACCUUGAUUUGAGGGGAAGUGGACCCUCCCAAAAAAGAUUAAUAACAUUAAUAAGAAAAUAGUUUUCUCACAUUUAAUAUUUAUGCCUUUCUGCAUUUGAUUGUAAGGUUCUUAGGCUCUAAAAAAUACAUGCUCAGUAUUUUUCUUGGUGGCAUGUACCACUGAGAAAAAAGGUGUAUUCCUGUCUAUUCUCAUUUAGUUUUCUUUAAAAGUGUUUCAUAUCUAACUUUUCUAAAAUUCUAUUUACUUCCUUAAUUUUUUCUUAUUUAUUUUGUGUUUGGAGUUAUCUAGUUCUGAGAGAGGAAAGAUGACAUCCCCGUUAUUAGAAUUUUACUGUCUAUUCUUGAAACUCAGUUAACUUAUCCUUUAGAAAUUUAGAUGCAUUUGAUACUUGAUUUUCUAAGAUAUCUUUUCGCAGUAUGUGGUUUUCUUCCUUAAUUCCAUUUAUUUUAAAUAUAGUUUUGCUUUUGUUUUAUCUGACGUGAUGAUUGCAACCCUAGGUUUUUUUUGUUUUGUUUUGUUUUGGGGGGGGGGGGCGGGGCAGGGAAUGGUUGUUUUUUAAUAGUAAUUAAAAUAUAAUAGAUUCUGCUCCAGCCCCUAUUUUUACUUAGUAUGUGUCUCUUGUUUCUCAUAAAAAAACACAUUGUAGGAUUCUAGUUUUUAAUUAAUUCACUCUGUGAUCUGCUACUAUUUUAUGGGUGAGUUCAUCCCAUUUAUAUUGACAGUUGUGAUGUCUGUAUCCAACUGAGUGUAUGUUACUCCCUCAAAGCCAAAUUCAAUGAGAGUAAGGUUUAAGUGAUGGUUUUUCCCUUCAUUUUUCCCCCUCCACAGUAAUAAAUUUUUAUGUCUUUUCAUGUGAGACUGUUUAACCCAUUCUAUCUGUCCCUACCUUCUUCCCUGAUGCAAUCAUUUCUUACCCUUUAAUUUUUUUAUGUCAUUCCAUUAAGUCAACUUAGAUCCACAUCUUCUGUGUAUCCUUCUAACUGCCUUAAUAGAGAUACAGUUCUUAAGAGUUAUCUUAUCUUCCCAUGUAGGAAUGUAAACAAUUUAAUUUUAUUGAAAACUUGUAUUCUCUUUCCUGGUUACCUUUAUAUUUCUCUUGAGUCUUUUUUUUUUUUUUUGAAAAUUGAAUUUUCGGUUUAGCUCUGGUCUUUUCAUUAGGACUGCUUGAAAGUCCUCUAUUUCAUUGAAUGGGUUAAUUUUCCCCCUGAAAGAUUAUGCUUAAUUUUGCUAGGUAAGUAAUUCUUGAGUAAUCCAUGUUCCUUUGUCUUUUGGAAUAUCAUAUUCCAAACACACUCUGAUCCUUUAAUAAAUCCUAUGUAUUCCUGAGUAUAGCCCCUUAGUAUUUGAAUUGCUUUUUUCCUGGCUUUUUACAGUAUUUUCUACUUGACCUCAGAGUUCUGGAAUUUGGCUAUAAUAUUCCUCGGAGUUUAUUUGGGAAUCUCUUUCAGGAGGUGGUUGGUGGAUUGUUUCAGGUACUAUUUUAUUAUCUGCUUCUAGGAUAACAGCAUUUUUCCUUAAAAAUAAUAAUGUCCAAGCUCUUCUUAAAUACAUAUUGGCUUUUAGAUAGUCCAGUAAUUAUUUUUUUUCCCCAAAAGUAUUUUAUUUUUUUUAAAUACAUGUAAAGAUAGUUUUCAACUUUCAUUUUUGUAAGAUAAUGUGUGCAAAUUUUUUUCUCCUUCCUUUCUUUUCCUUUCCUCAAGAUAGCUGGCAACCUGAAUAAAGGUCAUAUACAUACAAUACUUUAAAACAUAUUUCCAGAUUUAUCUUGUGCAAGAAAAAUCAGAACAAAAGAGAAAAAUCCACAAGAAAGAAAAAGCAAACAAAGAAAAAUAAAAGAUGAAACACUAUACUUCAAUUCACAUUGUCUCCAUAGUUCUCUCUCUGAAUGCGGAUGAUAUUUUCUAUCUAAGACUAUCAGGAUUGUCUUGUAGUCCAGUAAUUCUUAAAUUCUCUCUCCUGGAUCUACUCCAGGUCAGUUGUUUUCCUCAUGAUAUAUCACAAUUUUUUCCUUCUUUUUUCUUCAAUUUUUCAUUCUUUUGAUUUUGAUUGAUUCCAUAUUUUUCAUUUGAUUUUCAUUUUUUCUUCAAUUUCUUCAUUUUUUUCUUCGAUGUUUUCAUUCUUUUGAUUUUGUUUGAUUCCAUAUCAUCUCAUAGAGUCAUUAGUUUCCAUUUCCCCAAUUCUGAUUUUUAAGAAAUUAUUUUCUUCAUUUAAUUUCUGUACCUUUUUUUUUCUUUCCAUUUAUGCACUUCUACUUUUUGAGAAAUUGCUGUCUUCAGUGAAUUUUUUACAUCUUUCUUGGAUUUUUUGUGCCUCCUUUACUAAAGUGAGGUUGUGGUUGACUUCUGGUGGUGGGGGGGGAGGGUCAUAAUUCUCUUGCAUAACUUCCUCCCUCCCCCAGUUUUUCUUCUACUUCUUAUUUGAUUUCAAAAAUCUUUUUUUUGAGCUCUUCCAGAAAUUUUUUGAGGGUCUGCAACCAAUUCAUAUUUAUUUUGGAGGCUUGGAAUGUAGGCUUUUUGACAGUGUUGCCUUCUUCUAAUUUUGUGUUUUGAUCUUUUCUGUUACCAUGGAGGCUUUCCAUAGUUAAGUCUUUUGUUUACUUUGUAUUUUUUAAGGAGGGAAUGGGAGUGCUGGGGACUUAUUUUUCAAUCUAUUUCUUGGAAUAUGGGCAGGGGGUAGGGGAAAAGUGGUGGAACUGCCCAAGCUUCUUGAGCCUAAGCCAUGGGCCUGGCCCCUGGAUUGCUACCUUGGUGGUCAGAGGCUUCAUAGCUGAUUUUCUGUGCCAAGACCAUAGCGUCAUUUGUUGACCUGUGCCAGGCUUAGGCAUUUCCCCAUCGGCUUGCCCAGAUACUACUUGCACUAUGCUACUUUCUUUUACCUAGGAGAGACAGACCUUUGUGGAGUUCCCUAUAAUUUGUCUUGGACUGGAAAAUUGUUUCACCCAUUGUUUUAUGGAUUCUGCCACUCAAAAUUCAUUUUUAGAUGUUAAAAUUAUUUAAAGUUGUUUGAAGAAAAUUUGGGAGAAUUCAAGCCAGUCCCAGACUUUUUUCUGUAUCAUUUUAGCUCCUUCCCUCCCUCUGUGUUCUUUCAAAACUGUACUUAGAUAUACCCUUCCAGAACUUCCAAAUACAUAGCCUUUGUCAUUCUUAAGGCUUCACCUUUGUAGGUACUCAUUUUUUGGCUGUUAUCUUUCUCCUGAAAUCUAACUAAAAUUAACUUAAAAUGAUUAUUAAUACAUAUGUGAUUUUGAUGGGGCACUGAAAUUUUUACUUUGAUAGUAAUUAUAUAUUAUGUAUGCAAUAUUUGGCUGCCUUUAAUUCAUCCUUAUGCAUCUUAUUGAGAAGUAGUAUUUUUCAUGUUUUGUUGAUCAGAAAUUCAAUCCAAUAUAUAAAGUUACUAGCUCUAUAGUUUUCUCCUCCUCCAAAAAGUAACUGAAGUGCAUAUUCUAGAUUACCUUAUUAGGAAGAGAAAUAUAGGAUUCGCUAUUAUUCCUUGAACUCUGCAUCUUAUUAUUAUUUUUUUUUACAUUUCUGUAUUAAAAUAUUAUAGAACUUUAGUGUAACAUGUUUUUGUUGUUACAGAUUUUUUUUUUAUAAACCACUGACUGAAUCAUCUUAUCUGAAAUAAUAGUUGAUACUUUGAAAAUUUGAUAUCCUCUAAAGAACUAUUAAGUCUUUUUUUGUAAUACUAGAAUUAUAGGAAGGAGCUGCAUUUAAAAACUUUACUUGGGAAAGGAAUCUUUAGGCUUCACCAGACUGCCAGAGGAGUCCAUGACACCAAAAAAGUUAAGAAUCCCUGAUCUAAGUUGUUUAUAGUUAUUGAAAAAGUUGUAAUUUUUAAAAAUACUGUAUAUGUCAUACUUAAAUAGAUCAUAAAUCCACAUUCAAGUUUAGAGUUACAAACUCUUUGAAUGUUCCUUUUCUAAAUAGCAUCAUGAUUAUAGUGGCACAAGUGCUUGUUUACCACUUACUAAGUGUGUGACCUCGGAAAAAUUGUUUUCUCUAGGCCUUAGCUUUUUUACUGUGAAAUAAGGGGAUUGUACUAGAUGACUUCUAAGGUCUUUUAUAUGUAUAUGAUCUUCCUCAGUCACCAGUGAUUAACCUCAAUGGAAUAGCUCCCUAAAGUGCAAACCUAAGAAUAUAUAUUUUCUCAUAAUAUAAUGGAGGAAAGAAUAAGCAUUUGUAUAAUGCUUGCCAAGCACUGUGUUGCAUCUUUUCCAAAUAUUAUAUCAUUUGCUUCUCAUAAUAUACCUGUGAAGUACAACUGGGAAAACUGAAGUAGAUUGGAGCUAAGUGAUUUGCCUAAAGUCAUACUGCUAGUAAGUAUCUAAAGCUGGGUUGGAACUCAGGUUUUCCUGAUGUUCGACUGAAUAUUCUAUUCAUUGUAUUGUUGAAGAAUUUUUCACUUUGAGUUCAAGGGAUCAUGAAGACAGCAUAUAUAUAUCCCAAAAUAAGGGCUUAAUAUUGAGUGUUAUUUAUAAUACUCAGUUAUUUAUCAGUUUAUCAGUUAACCAUAAUAAUAAUAAUCAGAACAUUAGACUUUUCUAUUGUAUUUAUAAAACUGCUACAGAUAAAAUUGUUACUUUUAUUGUGCCAGAAGCCAUUUUUGAAAAAUGAGAGGGUUGAAAAAAUGGAAUAAUAGAUGAUCAUUAUUAUUCUGUAUGUGGAAUGUUGUUGAAAUUUUGUGCAAUGUGGGAAACCUUUAUUGUCAGUGGUAAUGUUGAGAUUCAGAAGGAGACCCCAAAAGGUUUGGGUUGCAGACCAGUGACAUGAGGCAUCUCAAAAAAAAACAAAAAAAAAAACUGGGGCUUGAACCCAUCUUCAAAUCAAGGCCCCAAAUUUAUUAUAAUUAUAACAUCAAUUGAAGUGGGCCAGUUUUCAAAAGGAUUUAGCAAAGAAGCUGGAGCAAGAGAAUAAAUUUAUAGGAAAAGACAGAUCCAGUUCUUCAUAUCAUUGAUAUGUUAAAUAGAGACACAUUGGUUAUGGACAAAACUAAAAUUAGAUAGAAAUUUCAGAGUCUUUUGGUAUUACUAAUUCAUUGUUGGUGGAAUAUGCCCAAAGGAAUUAUUAAACUACCCUUUGGCCCAGCAAUACCACUAGUUGGCCUAUUUCCAGAAAUAAUUAGGGAAAAAGGAAAAGAUUCUAUAUGUUCUAAAAUGUUUUUAGCAGCUGUUAUUAUGAUGGCAAAGAACUAGAAAUUACAGAGAUGCCUAUCAACUGGGGAAUGGCUGAAGAAGCUGUGGUAUAUGAUUUUGAUGGAAUACAGUAGUAUUUUUAUAAGAAUUAUAUGCUAUAAGAAUUGAUGAGCUCAAUAAUCUUAGAAAAAUCUGGAAGAAUUUGCACAAAAUAAUGAAGAGUAAAAAGAGCAGAACUAAGAGAACAUUGUAUACAGUAACAGCAAAAUUGGUUAAAAAUGACUUUGAGAGGAAUGGUUGGUAUGCACUUCAAUAUAUGGUUUAGAAGUGGGAUUGAGGAGUACUCUGGUUUGUACCUCACUAUUUGUCUCAGAAACCCUCUUAUUACUGACCAACAGAUUGUUAUCUGGCAAUCAGCAAUAUUUGUAGGACUAUACUAUAAUAUUCCUAAAGCCAGGAAACUUUAGGAUCAUUGAUAAAUAGAUUAUUAGAACAGUAGCGCUCUAAAAUAUGGGGUCUCAGGAUGACUGCUAUAUUUCUCUUAGAAGCUGCACCCUAUCAGGAAAACAAAAUCAUUUUCCAAAAUAGCCUGAAUGAGUAGGGAUUUUUGUCAAACUGUAUGGAACAUAUCAGUACUCUGUGAAUAUCUGACAUAAUGUAUUAUCUCAGUACUCUUCAAAUAUGAGAGGAAAUUGAGGGAAAAAAUUGUUAAUGAUGUAAAAUUUUAUAUUCUUCAAGAUCUUUUAUAGGAGUGGUACAAAGAAAUCUUACAUGAUUUUAAAUGAAAAAGACAGAAACAAAAUACAAGUGUCUUACUGCAGCAAUGCUUCAUGUCACCCAUUUCAUUAGAAGAAAUUAACCACAUUUAAAACACUGAUCCUUCUGUUUUUCUCUUUUCUAUAUUUCACAAAUAAAAAGAUUAUUUUGUGAAUUUUUGGAAGAGGAAAAUGUGGUAAAUUUGUAAAAAUGUGCCUAUUAAGUAGAAUGUUCUUUAAGCAAGAAUCAUGUUUAAAUAUUAACUUUUUUUUAGAAAUCAGAAUUUCUUUUUAAAGUCGUUUUUAUUAAGUACUUGAUAACCAUAAUAAAAACAAUUAAAUAAAUAUGCAAAAUAUGAAGCAAAA